CCGGAAGACGUGCCCUGGCAGCUGGGAGUGUGCGGCGGCCCGGCACCGCCAUGCAGUCCCUGGAAGUAGGUCUGGUUCCCACCCCACAGAGGGAGCCGAGACUGACCCGGUGGCUGCGGAGAGGCAGUGGGAUCUUGGCGCACCUGGUUGCUUUGGGCUUCACCAUCUUUCUGACUGUGCUGUCCCGGCCAGGAACCAGUCUUUUCUCCUGGCACCCUGUAUUCAUGGCCUUGGCGGUGAGUUUGGGCUUCUUUCUGCAGUUCUGCCUCUGCAUGGCUGAGGCCAUCCUACUCUUCUCGCCUGAGCACUCCCCGUUUUUCUUCUGCUCCAGAAAGGCCCGGAUCCGACUCCAUUGGGCGGGGCAGACCCUAGUCAUCCUCUUUGCAGCCCUGGGCCUGGGCUUCAUCAUCUCCAGCAGGACCCGCAGUGAGCUGCCCCACCUGGUGUCCUGGCACAGCUGGGUGGAGCAGACAAGCCAUGAAGGGAGGCGCAACAGCAACGAACACAGCACUGCCACACCAACCCUCAGGUUUCCAGCCGUAGCCACAGGCUGCCUCAGGCCCUUACCCAGGCACGGGGUGGAGGUGAGGAGCUGUGAGACACGGCCCCUGGCUUGUUCACAGGUUUGUUUCUCCUACCUUGUUUCGGGCUCUUGGGGUAGAAUCACAGUCCCUUCCUCCUCAAAGGGCUUUAUUGGAAUUAAAACACAGAGGCACACACACACCUGCCAUGAAAGCAUUUAUGUUUAAAUUAGGAGAAGGAUACUUUCCAUUCCAUUGGUCUGAGAACAGCCAGCAGUCUGUCUGGAGUGGACACAGAGAGGCAGGCACCACAGUAGCACAGAGGCUUCAGUAUUUGUUUUUAAAUCAUGGUGGGUUAUUUAUUUUUUUCUCCCUAUCCUGGGAUUUAGGAAUGAAACACUAGUCAGGCAUCGUGGUCAUGGCCUCAGCAACUAUCACCAGCAAAGGCACAGAGAAGACACAGCUGAAAGGCAGGAGGACAGUGUCCCAGAACUGCCCUGGAGGGUGGUUUGAUGUCCACAGUCUCCAGCACUAGGCUAAGCUUAAAGCAGACAGAGUCCCUCCAUUCCCUCCAGUGAGACCACUGUCACCAUACCCACCCACCCAGCCACCCAGAAGGCUUGACUAAGUUACCAAUGUGCAGGGAAUAAGUCCCAAUUUUUAAUCUACCUGUUAUCAUCAGAAUUCCCCAGAUUUUUUAAAACCUCUGUUGAAAGCAGAUUAAAUAGCUACUUCAGGCUAUUAUUCUCUGGUACCAGAGGAUUCAACUCUUUGUCUCACUGAGUAUACAUGGGGGGCCCCUGCCCCCCCUCCCUUUAAAGCAGGUUCCCACUUGAUCUCACAGUGCUUUCUAAGGAUGGCCAGGGCUGAGCUAGGCCUUUCUGCUUAGGUCCACACCCAAAGCAAACUAUGGCCAAGUGAAGGAGCAGUGGGAGGUGAAGGGAAAACAAAGUUCUAUCCAGCUACAGUGCUCCCCGACCUGCGUGCAUGUUUGUAUGCGUGUGCAUACAACUCCCCCCCCCCCCGCCCCAACUUUGGUGUCAGUGACUCUCACCUUAGGUAUGCCAUUGCUGUAGGGCACCUAAAGGUUCCUGCAGGGCCCAUGUCCUAAAAACUGGUUCUCUCCACGCCGUCUGUGAUUCUGGGACCGUAAUCAGGCCGCUGUCGACUAGAAGGCCUCGGGGCAGGCCUAAGUAUCUUUACCACUUCAUGUUUUCCACACAACAGUAUAGAAGCCUGAUGAAGGGUCUUGCCAUAGCAGUCGCUUCAGCUUUCCUCUCUUAAGCCCCAGGAGAGGACGCAUCCAGCAGAGGCUCACUGUAGCCAGACCAGAAAAGCUAACCAUACUACUGCAUGGGCCUUUGCCUUUUCUGCAGUGUAGGUGGGGAAAGUGAAGCUUCACCAGUGGUUGCCCAGGAGACAAGAUAAGGGGUACAAGAGCUACAACUGCAGAAAGGGAAGGAGUUGAGAGAUCAGAUGGAAGAGAGAUAGGCUGGCCAAUCCACUGAACUCUUAUUUUCUGUUCUAAAAGGUAACCGUCACAAUAACCUUCUCCAUUCUCCUGCAGUGGCACCUAAGAGCUGAAGAACUGCAAGACGUGGCAGACAAAAUUGCACAUCUUGGCCAGAAU